CGCCUCCCGGCGACGGCGGCUCCUCCUCGAGCGCUCGUCCAUGUGCUGGGACAAGGGGUCGUGAAUUUGAGCGGGGAUGGAUGCUGCUGAAGUUUCAGAUGGGGUCAUGAACUUGGAGAAGAUGUACACAAGGAGAGAGAUAGCCAAUAGACUUGAAGGCCUAAUCCUCCCAAGUGUGUUGCACGAUUUGAACAUGAAGAGCCGAGGGUUGUACUAUGAUAUCCAGAGAAGUGGUCCUAUGGCAGCCGAAAUAUCAGGAACAACAAAAGAAUGUAAGACUUGGCGGUAUGCAGUUGACCAUGAGAAAAGAGAAUGUGGUUGUGGACAAUGGGAGGUUUCCGGAAAACCAUGCCCUCAUGCUAUAUACCUAAUUGGCAAAGUUAGACAACUAAAGACCGAUGACUUUGUGCAUGACUACUAUUCGGUUGAGAGGUUUAAGAUGGCUUAUCAAUUUCAGAUCAAUCCAAUGAAUGAUAGGUCUGGAUUGCCAAAGGUUGAUGUUGGUUUUGAGAUGAUUCCUCCACCACUACAAAGGGCUACUGGUAGGCCAAGGAAACAAAGAAUUAAGGCUAGUGGAGAGCCUGGAAAAAGAUGACCAUAUCAAUGCAAAAGGUGCUAUUAGUUUGGACAUAUAGAGAAGGGGUGCAAUGCUACUCAAGCUGAAUUAGAACAAGAGCUACCACCUCCUCGUCCAAAGAAAGCAAAAAAGUCAAGGAAAACUAAAUCGGAAGAUGUUGAAGCCUCCACAAUAGUUGUUGAACCCUCUCCAAUGCCUCAUUCAAGCCUAGGUGUAACAACUAGAAGGAUGGCUUCUCUUUCUCCAACUAGCCCAGGUGUAGCUACUAGAAGGAUGGCUGCAAUCUCACCAGGAGGAAUCAGUCGUAGGAUCAUCAUUGAGUAGAUAAAUUAGGUGUCUUAGGCUCUUAUUAUUAUGAACAAGGUGUAGUACUAAGGAUGGAUUUGUUAUGGCUUUUGCUGUGAACUCCGCUUUUGCCGUGAACUCCAUUUUGUAUUGGUACAUCUGCAAGUGUGCUAGCUUGUUAUGAAUUCUAAUAUGUACUGAAGUUGUGUUCUCUGU